CGAAUAAAUGAUCUUCUCCACAUCCAGUCAAAAAGGAGCCUUGAGAAGGGAGCAGGAGCCAAGGAGGCACUGCGAUGUAAUAUGAGUCAGGAAAUAGAGCCGCAGUCGAUACCAGAUCCUAAUCAGUCGCGUCCGUCCUAAAGUCGAUUGCAUCAUCCACCUGUCAGUCCACCCAAGAAACAAAGAAUCUCUUUCUUCCCAUUAGAUGACACACCGGAUGCACCUCAACCUCCUCCGCACAUCCCAGUUGCAUCUCCGAUCUUUACCCACCUUACACACCAUACGCAUCUUGUAGGCCACACAAAGAUCUUCGCACUUUGUCCCCUCUCGCCCUCUCAUCUGCAUUUUCGACUAGCUGGAUUCCGAUAAAGACGUAUCAGCGUAGAGAAGAAUGGCCGUUUUCCAAGUGCCAUCCAACGUCGUGGAGAUGUCACCAUGGGCCAACCACCAGGGAUCUCUUCCACCAGAAGUUGAUAUCGAGGGCAACAUCGAAUACAAGCUCAAGUUGAUUGCGACCGCUCCUGAUCGCUUCGAACACCUGGUCACCCAGUUGAAGUGGAGGUUGUCAGAGGGAAAUGGCAGUGCUAUCUAUGAAAUCGGCGUAGCAGAUGACGGAUCGUUUGUGGGAUUGUCGCCUCAGGAUAUGGAAGCGUCCCUUCAGACCUUGCACAGGAUGGCGGAUUUCUUAAAGGCCGAUGUCACGAUUUUGCGCAGGGUUUCUGUAAAAUCCACGCAGCAGAAUGACCCAUCUCAGCCUGAGAACGGACCAGAGGCCUCAGGACUUGUUCGCAAACGGAUACCUACUCAUAGUGGAUCACCACGUACUGAGCCAGAGUACUUGGUGGUGGAGGCCAAGGUUACAUCGCGGUUAGUGGAUGAGCACCAUUUCCUGGAAAUCCGUGUUGCGUUGGUUGGAGGACCGGAUGCGGGAAAGUCGACGUUAUUGGGGCGAUUGGCCCAUGGAAUUGCAGAUAACGGCAGAGGAAAAGCACGACUGAAUUUGCUCCGACAUCGUCACGAGAUCAGCACAGGCAGGACAUCGUCCAUCUCGCACGAAAUCAUGGGUUUCACGGCCGCAGGAGAGACUGUCAACUACAGCACCACCAAUAUUUCGAGCUGGCAGCAAGUGUGCGAAUCGUCCGCCAAAGUUGUUACACUGCUGGACACCUGUGGACAUCCGCGCUUCCUUAAAACCACCAUCUCUGGUCUGACAGGACAUUCGCCAGACUAUGCCUGCUUGGUGGUCGACUCGCGAGUGGGCGGCGUUAAUGAGAUGACGAAGGAGCAUUUGGCGCUGGCAGUUGCGUUGGGUUUGCCGACGUUCGUUACGGUGACCAAGAUGGAUGUGGCUACACGCGACCAGCUCAGAGCGACUGUCACAGCAUUGAUGGCGUUGAUCCGGAACACUGGGCCGUCUUGUUUGCCGUCUGUGAGUGGCGAUUUUGGAGCGCCCUUAUCAUCACCGCAAGCACAGCAGUCGGGAAAGGAUGGUGGCGAGCAGGCAUUACAAAGUUUUGUACCGGCGAUUGUGCAUAACGAGAAAGAUCUCGAGGCAGCGGUGAGGCGGUUUUCGGACUUGACGAUCAUUCAGGAAACCAACUCAGUGGCGAUUCCGAUCCUGUUACUUUCGAGUGUCACCGGAGAGAAUGUGAGACUACUGGAAAGAUUCUUGUUCUUGCUUCCAAAGCCCAGUCUGGACGUCCAUGGUGGAUCGUAUUCGCAAGAGCCAGCCUGCUAUCAGAUUGAGGAGAUCUACAAUAUACCAGACAUUGGUACUGUUGUGGGCGGCUUCUUACAUGCGGGAAGGAUUGAAGUUUAUACACCUGGACCCACAGUCAAAAAUGCCGAUGAAUCGCAAGAAGCUGGCAAUAGCAACAACAACACGCCAAACACACGACUCUACCUUGGCCCUGUGGAUCGAGAUGGAAGUUUCAUACCCGUGAUUGUCAAAUCGAUUCAUCGCCAACGUAUGUCUAUGCGCUCGAUCGACUCAGGACACACCGCAACGCUGGCAAUCGAGGGAUCUGGGCUCGGACUGGCCAAAGUCCGUCGCGGGAUGGUUGUGCUCGAAAGUGACACGGAUCCUCGAGGCAUCUGUUGUCAAAAGUUCGAAGCCGUGAUUCAGGUGCUGGCACACGAUGGAUUAUUCGGAGUAGGUUUCCAAGGAAUGAUCCACUGUGGAUCCGUGCACCAGAAUGCCAAGGUUAUGAAGAUUGAGCUGUUGCCAGGGCCUGGACAGGCUGGCGAAGUUGACUCGAUGGCCGCAAUAUUGGGUGCCGAGGAGGACCUGGGAGGGGUCACAGAGGACUUCGCACAAUUACGGACCUCGAGCAGGAGCAGUGAGCGGGAGAGUGUGCAGGGUAGGCGGUCCAGCUCGCUAAGUUCGGAUUGUGAAUCUGGGACGGGAUCGUCGUUGCCUGGAUCGAUCCCAGGCUCGAGAUCGGGCUCGAUCCGCCAUGGAAGUGCCGGGGAUAUGGAAGGCGAUGAUGAGCAGGAAGUGGUAGCAUCGAAGGACCAGCCCCGUCAUCGCUUGAAAUCGCGGCGGCGACUCCAAGAAGGCGCAGGAGGCAGCGGGCACAAUGACAUGAUACCCGUAAGUACCAUGCGGAUUUUCAGAAGAUUAUCUGUGGAUCGCGGAGGAGGCGGUACUGAGCACACAAACGCUUCGCUGUCUGGUGCAGAGGGGCAACUUCAAGAGCAGGAUGAGCAUGAGGGGAAGGACGAAGUCGAGAUUGAAGAACCUGUAGAGUUGCAGACGGGAAACCGCGCCAAAGUCGUGUUUCAGUUCUGUCAUGACGUGGUGUUUAUGCGCAAGGGCACCACGGUGUUAUUUCGAGAUGGAGGGACUAAAUGCGUAGGAAAAGUCUUGCGCAUGCUGUGAAUUUGCUGUUAUUGUUCUAUACACUUUUGCUGACACCAUUAGAAUGAUACAUAUAGAGAUGUAGAGAGUAAUGCACUGCUGUCUAAAAUCUAUGGAUUCCCCAAGGAACUCGGCCCACGUGUAUUCUAAGGGUUUUUUAAACGGAUCGUAUUUGACGGAAUAGGUUGUUUCCGCACCUCAC